AUGCCUCCUAUCGUUCGAAUUCUAGUAUUGUUGUGUCUCGCUGCCAUUAUUAUGAACACAUUCCAUGGUUUCUUCAAUAGCUCAUAUUCUGCUAAAUCCUAUGAGGCUUAUAAUAACGAGUUUACCCUGGCAGUUUCUCCGGAAACAUAUGAAUCAACUGAAUAUGUGAACAACAACGCUACUUCUAGCAGCAAAAGUACCACCGCAACGUCUAGCACUUAUUUACAGAAUGCUUCAGUUGAAGUAUUUUCAGACAUAGACCUAGAUGUGGUGGCGAAAAAAUAUCCCGUGGUGCGUAAGGGCGGUUUGUACAUCCCGUCCAAUGUUACCACGACGUGGUACAAAGUUGCUAUCAUAGUGCCAUACAGGGAUCGCCAAAAGCAUCUGGCGACAUUCAUAAAGUACAUGCAUUCGUUUCUUAUGAAGCAACAAAUAGAAUAUGGAAUUUUUAUCAUCGAACAAGCAGGAACGCGUCCGUUCAACCGCGGCCAGCUCAUGAACGUGGGGUUUUUGGAGAGCCAGAAGAUGGGUAGCUGGGAGUGCUUCAUCUUCCACGAUGUGGACUUGCUGCCGCUCGACCGGCGGAACCUGUACCAGUGCGACAAGCAGCCUCGACGCUUGGCCGCUGCCGUCGAUACGCUCGGUUUUGAGCUACCGUAUGGUAUAUUUGGCGGUGUGACAGCUAUGACGUUGGAGCAAUUCAAGAAAGUCAACGGCUACUCAAACCGCUACUGGGGCUGGGGCGCCGAAGACGACGAUAUGUUUCACAGGUUACGGAUGAUGGGUUACCGUAUCACACGUUACAAUAUGUCCGUAGCUCGGUAUACUAUGCUCAGCCACUCGAAAGCACUGCCCAACCCUAAAAGAAUGCAUCUGUUGCCAGGAAUGAAAAAUAAAAGCAAGAAAGACGGAUUAUCGUCGCUCGAAUACGUGGUUAUUAAGAGAAACCUUCACCAACUGUACACGCACAUCAUCGCGAACAUCAAGGAGAAAUUGGACAGCAUUGACCUACCAUAUCUCGCAAACCAGCUGUUUGGUGAUAAAUUGUAA